AUGUCUGUCAAUAAUCUGGCUCAGCUUCCUGACGAUGCAUUGUUGGAGGACACAAAUGAAGAAGUCUGCCAGCUACUGCAUGAUCGUUUUAAGCAAGACAAACCUUACACCCUUCUUGGAAACCACAGACUCAUUGUCGUCAACCCUUACAAACCUCUCGAUCUACUCAACGAUGUUACUCUCCAAGCAUACGCUAACCAUGGCUACAAGGAUCUUUUAGCAGCCACUGAUGGGUUUGCAGCCCCAGAACCUCAUGUUUAUGAACUCGCCACACGUGUAUAUUUUAUAAUGCGUCGAAGAGGAAAAGACCAGGGAAUUGUAUUAAGUGGUGUUUCUGGCUCUGGAAAAUCAACAACUCAUCGACACAUCCUCAACGAACUCUUAUUACUCUCUACUCACACACGACGCGAAGACAAAGUACGACAGCAGAUCGUGAGUGUCAAUACAAUCGUGGAUGCUUUUACCACCGCAGCCACAACAGACACCACCACAGCCUCCCGAAUUGGAAAAUUUCAGUCACUUCAAUUCAAUGAGCGUGGUAGGAUCGUCGGCUCGCAUCUGGCUGUCUAUUUACUCGACAAGUUCCGGGUCACCCGCGCACAGACCGCCGCUAACUACCAUGUAUUUCAUCAGCUGUUGGCUGGCACAAGC